AAAAUAAUUCUAUUGGUGGUCAUGAAAAAAUUAUUCGUCUUCAAUAUAUUCACAAUCAUCCACCUCCUCUACUAUCAAAAGUUUCUGUUGGUAUUCAAAAUAAUUUUAAUUAUUUAUUAGAAAAUGCUUCUAAUGAAUAUGAAAAUAUAAUAUUAACAAAAAUUUUAUCUGGAAAUAUGUUAAAAGCAGUAUUUGAAAAGAAAUUUUUUUCUGAAAUACAUAGUUCUUUAAAUAAUUUAGAUCAUUUAAGAUAUCUUAUUAACAAAUUUCAAAGAAAAAAAUAUCUUCAUGAUCAAGAUAUUUUAGGACUUACCUAUAAUAUGUGGCAAGAAAAUAAUAAAUUUUCUG